AUGCUGAACAUGCAGACCCGACGCAGACAGUGGCGCCGAGACUCACGAUGCUAUUUACGGGAGUCCAGCUCGGUCGCCACAUUUUUUGUCCGGGAGGACCUGGAAGUUGGAGCCGUUAUAGGCUCCUUGCAGGUGGUCGGCGACCCGUCGGAGCGCGGCGACAUCAGCCUGAGCUUGGACCGAGGCGACUACGCCGUCACCAUCCAGCCGGGCACCAGCAACAUCACGCUCACCCGCGCGCUGGACAGAGAGUCGCAAGCUCUGGACGGCCACGACGGACCGUCUUCGGUAGCGGUCAGGGUCGUCUGCAAGAGGAAAGGCACCUCGGAUCCGAGCAUCAAGAUACCGGUGAACAUCCGCGUGCAGGACGUCAACGACAACGCGCCGCAGUUUAUUGGCGCUCCGUACACCCUCAACAUCUCGGAGGUGACCGUGCCCGGCACUGUGGUCCUGCAGGGCAUCAAGGCUGUGGACGCCGACCAGCAGGGUCCCUUCUCCACCGUCCACUACUCCGUCAUCGAGGGCAACUACGCGGAGUACAUCGACUUCGCCAACGGUCUGGACGGCACGCUGCGGCUGAAGCAGCAGUUGGACUUCGAGAAGGUGCAGCAGUUCCGGCUCACGCUGCGUGCCGAGGACCAGGGUGACCCCGUCAAGUCGACCGAGGCCGUGCUGACCGUCAAUGUCAUCGACGCGGACGACCAGAACCCACGCUUUUACGACGACCGCUACGUCACGACACUGCCUCGGCGACCAGUCCAGGGCAACACCCUCACCAUACGGCCCCGGCGAGUGCGAGCGUUUGACCAGGACAUCGGCAUCAACGCUCCUGUCGCCUAUACGUUCACCGCAGACGGCGCCGACUCGCGCUAUUUCGCCAUCGAUCCAGAGACGGGAGACAUCACGAUCGCCGAGACGAUUCCGGACUCGGAGCUGCUGCAGCCGAUCACACUGGUCGUCAAGGCGACGCAGCAGGACAACGGUGACCGGUACGCGCUGACGACGCUGACGGUGCGCCGCGAGGGCGUGUUCACGGACGAGCUGCAGUUCGUGCAGGGCAACUACGUGGCCAGCGUGCUGGAGAACCGGCCGGUCAACUCUGUCAUCCUCACCGUCAUCACCAACCGGCCGGGCGACAGCCGAGUUCGUUUCUUCCUGCCUGAUGAACCGAGCCAGUUCACCAUCAUGAGAAAUGGAGACUUAGCCCUGGUCGAUUCGUUGGAUUACGAGACGCAAGACAGACUCAACUUCUCCGUCGUGGCAACAGAUGGCAGGCAGAACGACACGGCGAUGGUGACCAUCAUCGUGCUGAACGUAAACGACUGGGACCCGCGCUUCCGCCAUCCGAGCUUCGACUUCGUGGCGUCGCCGAGCUCGCGUCCCAGUGACGUGGUGGGCCGACUGACGGUUUACGACGGCGACCGCGGCGAUCGCGUCUCGCUCGGGCUGAUGGGGCAGGACGCCAGAGCUUUCUCCGUGUCAAAAGAGGGUGACCUCGUUAUUCGCGACCUGAGCGUGCUGAACUCGUCCGUGGCGCACCUGGUGGCCGUGGCCAGAGACAGCGGGGUGCCUCCUCGACGGUCCUCGGUGCCGGUUACCGUGCGGUUUCCGCAGGAGCUUCUGGGCCCGAGCACGAGGGCCGAGAGCUCUCUCCUCUUGAUGAUUAUCUUCGGGGUGCUCCUGGGCGUGCUGAUACUGGUUAUUGUGACCUUGGCCCUCUACAUAUGUAAAUACAAAAAGGACCGGGCGCGGACAAGGCGCACCUCGCCGGCGCUGGGCGCCAAGGUGGCCAGCUACGUCAACAACUCGAUCCCGCACGAGAAGCUGGAGGCCGGCAGCGGGCCGGGCUCGCCGCGCGCCUCCCACCUCGGCUCGCUGGUGGUCGAUCUCGACACGCUCAACGUCGACCGGUCGCUGGGCACGACAGCCACCGUCUCCCGCGGCAGCCGGCGGUUCGCGCGCGGCGCCGCCGCCAACGGCAGCCUGCGUAACCCAUUGGCCAACGGCGGCGACCUGGGCUCGCGCUCGCUCCAGUCCAGCGCCAGCUCCACCUUCAAGCCGGCCGGGUCGGUCGCCGGCUGGCCCGAGGGCAGCAUCCCCAAGCGCGUGAAGAAGCUCAGCUGGGAGGACGAGCAGAACAGGUCGCUCAGGUCGGUGCGCUACCCGACCGGCCACGUUAAGACUCCCCUGGAGCCGACUAUCCAGGAGGGGCCGGGGCCGCAGGAGCAUCACGCGGAACAGACGGAGCUGGACCCGGACGUCAGCGUGACGCCGCUGCCCAACACGCCGUCAGCCGAGCUGGAGCAGAGUCCGGUGGCAGUGUACUUCUAGUGGCGCGGCUGGCGCGGCGGCGGCCCGCCGGGCCGGACGCUCCGUCGGCGGCACGAGCCGGCCGAGCGCGGACCCGGCCCCCACACUCCCACCCCCUGCGUGGAUCGAGCGGCUCGGGGAAACCGACGGCCCGGGCGCGAGCGGUCGACGGCAGCGCGAUACGAGUGUGUUGGAGGAACGUGAGCACGGCAGUGGCUGGCCUCGUAUGCUGCAUUUACGAGAAGCGUUGAAACGUUGUGCAUCGUAGUUGUUUGCCAAAACGCGUCACAUGUGGACCGUGUACAGAUGGGUCCAUUCGAAUCUGAAAGAAACUGUGCACGCAGGGCUUUACGCAUGGAGAGGCCCCAUAUGUGUUGCAAAGUUACUGACUGACACGCGUACUGUUAGAUUCGAAAUGUCAUGCGCCGCAGAACGAUGAAGUAAAUUUUACAUGAAUGCAUGCCGGACAAUUUCGUGAACAGGUUACCAGUGAGGCCUGGUGGCCGAACGUAAAUUGUCAUUGUGUGGGUGCAAGAUACCAAUAUUUUUAUACGACGCCCUAAAAUGUUGUAAAGCUUAUUUGUUACAAUUGUUUUAAUACAAUGAGU